UGUUGUUUUUCGAUAAUGUUUACACUCACUUCAUCGUCUCUGUGUAACCAAACGGUCACAAAUUCUCUGUUACCCUAAACCACUCUGACUGUGCCAUCGACCACCUACCUUCCACCUUCGGCACCGUUUUCCGGCAAACCGGCCGACACCGUCCUUCCUUCUUUAUCAAUCGUUUAGCUCUGCCUUCCUCUCUCUCCCUUUUGCGGACGUCUCUGCCUGAUUGCCUCUGUGGCCGUUCGUCGCUCUCUGUUCGCUGCAACCUCAUCUGUCUCCAGAUCGCGUUGCUGCUUUUCUUUGUUCAAAAGUUUCAAAUACAAAGUUGCGAGGACUUCGAGCCAUUGAUUUUGCAUCCUUUUCUUAUUUCCCACUCAAAUGGAAAAUAAAUCCUCCACAAACUUAUUAGAUCAAUUAGUGUAUCCGGGAGAUGUGGUUCUUGACCUGUCUACCAUGACAAACCAGACCAUUAAGCUUGGAGGCGGUUUACGUCAGGACGAUGAUGUGAUUUCGGUAAUGAAGGCUGGCAGGCUUCGGUUCUCCAAGCCUAAUAAAUACUGGGUUGAAAAUUCUCAAAAGAGGUAUGUGCCUCAUGCAGAGGAUUCGGUUCUUGGAAUAGUUGUUGACUCCAGAUCAGAUAACUUUCUUGUGGAUAUAAAAGGACCUGCUUUAGCAUUUCUACCAGUGCUUGCAUUUGAAGGAGGAACCAGAAGAAAUAUACCUAAGUUUGAGGCAGGCACUUUGCUUUAUGUGCGGGUUGUAAAAGCAAACCCUGGAAUGAAUCCUGAGCUAUCAUGCACUGAUGCCAGUGGGAAAGCAGGAGAGUUUGGUGCCCUAAAAGAAGGCUAUAUGUUCGAGUGUUCAACCGGUCUCUCAAGGAUGCUUCUUAGCUCACCCACAUGUCCAGUACUUGAUACAUUAGGGAAGAAACUGUCUUUCGAGAUAGCAGUUGGCUUAAAUGGACGUGUUUGGGUCAAUGCCUCUUCUCCAUCAACAACUAUCAUCGUAGCUAAUGCUAUUAUGAACUCUGAGACACUGAGUGGUGUACAACAGAAAAUAAUGGCUGAAAAGCUGCUGCAGAGAGUCCAGUGACCAAGAUAACCCGGCGAGUACUCUUGAUGAGACUACAACAGUAGCUAAGUGCAUGAAUGAUUUUCAACACCUUGGUUGUUUAAUGUAAGUUACAUGGCAUUUAGAUAAAGGUGGAAUUUAACAUGGACCAAUGCUAAAUUUGUUCAUUGUAGACCGAUGUUAGCAAUUAGAUUUAAUAGUUAAAGUAUUCAACGACCUAAAUUUUUGGAGGGUUAUUUGUAUGCUAACUUGUAAAGCCAUUAGAAAGUUAUUUUCUUUACAGUUUUUCAAGAGUGCUGGAAUUAAUUUGUUGGCUACUGGCUAUGUCAUCUAGAUUUUCUGGUUUUGGAGAUAUGUUUUUAUUUUAGGUUGCAAUGUUUUUUUUUCCUUCUUUUUCUGUAUUUACAAUAUGCUUUGCUGCGAGGUGCUUGGCAACAGCUA